UCAUCAUGUAACUUGUAAUAAAGUUAUUCGGCUUUUAAUUACUCUAUAAGCUAAAAAUUCUCAACGAAAUUUUUUUAAAUAAAUAUCUUAAACUGUAAUGGUAAUUUACCAUUAAAAAUGCAACUAAUCGAUGUACUUUCUGAAGGGAAGUUUCGUUUCCUUGCAUGUGCAGUUGUCAAUGCUAUAAUGGAAAAGUGGACCAGCCCGUGCUUAUUAAUGGCGGAUAUUGAUGUUCUGAUAGGAGCGUUUAAGGAACUAUAUUCAACAUAAGCCUUGGAUAAUAUAUGAAGCAUAUAAGUUGAGAAAAUAUAGAUGUGUGUCCUGUGUAAUGCAGGUAUAUAUUUAUCUCUUCUGAUUGUUAUGCGUAAAUAAGUUACAACGAAUUGUUACAGUAAAUGAAAAAUGGGUAAAAAUGUAUCCAAAUACAUUAAAAGUCUUGAUUUACGCAGUUUGAUGUGCCACUUAUUGCACUCUCGUUUCGCAUUCAUUAAUUAAGUAUGUACAGAUUUCUAAAGGUAUCUUGUUUUCUGAAAACCUUCUCCCCCCUUUUUAGGUAUUUGAAUGAAAAUUUGGUUUUGAAAGUGAAAUGCCAAGAGUUAAAAAAUGUUUUGCAGUGCAUUCUGCUUUAAAGUUCGUAAAAAAUUAGCUAUUCAUGCAGAAAAUAUUGCAAUUUACACAAGAAGGACUAAUAUGCUGCUUUUGUACUUUGUGGGUUUAAAAUACCUUUUCCCUUCUAAUAAAAGCCAAACUUUCAGACUUCAACAAAAUGAAAGUUAGUACUGUCAGUUGCUGCCCAUGUUCAUGGCCUUACUUUUUAACUUUGUCUUACAUAUCUGGAAGGAAAAAUCAUAAUAUGGAAGAAACCGUGAAGCCAGCUUCUCUAUCCUUAAAAUCUGUAAACCAAUCUUUGUGUGCUCCUCAAGCACCUCCUGUUUCCAUUAAUACCCCAUCAGAUACCACAGAAUCUGUUAAAUCUCCUAAUAUGAGCACUGAUAGUGGAUUUGAAGGAGAAAACAAUAGACCAUCUUUGCUUCAAACGUCUUUACCUUCACCUUCAAAGGAUAUGAUUUUGAGCUCUUGGCAAAGCAAAAUGUACAGUGAUGGGACCACAGCAUUGAAUUUUGAUGGGUCAGAAUCUACAAGCCCGAAAUCUCCCAAAAAAUCCACUGAUGAUUCUGACUUCAAUGAAUCUCCAUUUGACAAAAAAUCAGUUCCAAGUGUUGGUGAUAUGCAUUCAGAAAGUGAUAAUGAGUGUGGUUCAGAGCACAACUGCACUUUUUUUACAACAGAUGCUUCUUGGGUUAGAGCAGGCACUAAUUUAUCAAAGGGUAUAUAUGAUGAUAAAAGGCUGGACAGUUUUAAGGGACAAAUUUCAGCAUUUAGUAUUUGUCUCUCAAGGAACAGUGAUGAUCCAGAUGAUGCUUGUGCUGAUAAAAGUAGAAGUCAUGUUGAAUUUGGAGAAUGCCUCACAUGUCAUAAAGUGCAUUACAUCCGUUGCAGGAAUUGUGUUGAAUGUGUUCAUUGCUCUUCAGAUGUUAAGUGGUGUGGGACUUUGUCAUCAAUUCGAGAGUGUAAAGAUCAUGUUAUUUAUGCUGAAGGGGAAGUGAACAGCGAAGAUGAUUAUGAUCUUCAAUGUAAACAUGACACAGAAACAGAUACAUCUGAUGAGAAAGUAUUUGACGGAACAUACAGUGAUGAAACUCUGAGUGCAUAUUAUGUUCCAUCUAAUGUUUCUGUAGCAGCCGAUGAAUACCAUCUGUCUGUUAAGUUACCUGAUGAGAAGAAAACUCCUAUCUGUGAAGAUGAGGAGCCUUAUUGUGAAGAGGAAAGAGAUAGUCCUUGUUUGUGUCAUAUCGGCAUGUGUAAAUCUGAGCGUUGUCAGAAUGAGAGAUCUAAGUACACCACUGUGUUAAAACCAAAAGCUGUAAGGCCUCCUGUUAAUCCUAAUAGGAUGGAUUAUCAUAGUAGCCUUGAGUCUCUUCACAGUCAGCAUGUUUUAGCCUUUAUAGGACAGCAUCAUGAUAGGGUAUCUGCUUUCCAUGAACGUCCAUCUAGUAGUCUUUCACAGAGUGAAGGGAUGCAUUAUUUUUUUAGCAGAUCAUUAGAUAUGCCUCCAUCAGAAUCAUUGGCCAGGCACACAACCUCACAGUUAUCUGUUGUCACAGCAUCUAAUUUUCCUACAUCUAAUUCUUGUCUAUUUAGCGAAGCAGCUGGUCAUAGAUCAAGUAUGUCAGAUAUGAGUACUCUAACACGCCGUGAUCAAAAAUGCACAAAAAGUGGUGCUGAAGAAGGAAGUGAUGAAAUGAACUAUAAAAAUUCUCAAAGCAAAUUAUCUCAGCAUAGCAAUUCAACUACAGAAACAGAAAGCCCAAAAACUAGAGCUAAACGUUUUAGUAUGCCCUGGGAUAUCUUUUGUAAAAGUGAUGCUUCUCAUAGUCAGCUUUCGCAUUAUGAUCCAAAUAGUGAGCCUAUUCACAUGACUUUAGAAGAAGUUCAUACAUCCCUUCAAACUUUGAAUCCUCAAGAAAAACGUGCAGUUUAUGCACGAUCUUCCAAAAGUGUCCAGUCCAGUGAAGGGAAGUCCUCUCUUGGAUUUCUUGGUUCAUAUCUAAGACAGAAAAAGUGCAAAAGGGACGAUAAACAUGGAUCUCAAAGUAAAGCAGAUAGUGAACAUAAGUAUCAGAGGAAGAGUUUUCCAGUUUUUAUUAAAAGUGCAUUUAAUAAUUUUUUUGGCCUCAAAAAGAGUCCAGGCCUAUCUAUUUCAAAAUCUGAUGAUGAAUUGCCCACAACAUCUAAUAGUUUAAGCAAUAAAAAGUCUAGUCCCAAUACAAGUCCUUUCACAAACCGGGCACUACCACCAUUACCAAUAAAUGGAAUUCCAGAGUGGGAUGGUACUGAAGAAGAUGAACAAUGGACAUUAAGUGGAUGCCAGUCCCAAAUUUAUGACAAAGAAUCACAGGAUGAUUUUGUUCGAAGAAAAAUGGAUUAUGCAGCUAGUAUUGAAAUAGUAAAAGAUUGUGGAUGGUAUUGGGGACCUAUUAGUGGUGAAACUGCUGAAAAGUUACUUGCUGGAGAACCUGAUGGAUCAUUUGUAGUUAGAGACAGUUCUGAUGAGCAUUACAUUUUCAGUUUGACUUUUAAACUGAAUGGAUUAGUUCGGCAUGUACGAAUAGAGCACGAUCAUGGUAAUUUCAGCUUUGGUUGCCUUCAGAAAUUUCGCAGCAACACUAUAGUAGAUUUUAUAGACAGUGCAGUAGCUCAUUCUCGAAGUGGUCGUUAUCUGUUUUUCUUACAUCGAAGACCUAUUUUAGGACCUAUGAGAGUUCAGCUUUUACACCCUGUCUCUCGUUUUAAACAAGUUCAAUCACUUCAACAUAUGUGUAGGUUUAUUAUUUUAAAGACCCUGAGGAGGGACCUAAUAGACUAUCUGCCUCUACCACGAAGGCUUAAAGACUACCUCAAUACUCCACACUACUAUUCAGAGGAACUUGCGACACAGUCUCUUCUCACCAAGAAGUGCACCGAAAAUCGAUCUCUCAGCAGCAGAUCUAGUCAGUCCGGAACCACGCGUGCAGAAAGUGUUUCAUCUAAUACCCAAUCAAAUUGUGGAUGAUGUUUACAGCUUUUAGGGAUUGAUCACUGUUUAACUUACAUUUUGCUUAAUGUGUUUAUCAUACCCAGUGUUCUGACCAGGAAACAGGAUAAAAUACCAACAUCUUUUAAGAAAUUUAAUUUAUUAUUAAACAUAGCAGUUAGAACUAAAUGAAUGAAUGUGGAUUUGUAUGAAUUUUCAUUGCGUGUCAGAUUGCUUAAUUGUGAAUAUGUGGAUAUACAUAUUUUUGUAUGUAUGCCACCAAUAAAUGUUAUAUGUCGUACAUGCACAUGCAUUAGAAGUGUACUGAAAGGUAAUGCAUUCCAUACUAGAAGAAACAUUUUUGGCUUCAUGCAUUUACAUUGUUUGUAAUUUGAAUACCUGCAUCUCACUCUAGAUACAUAAGGAUAUGCAAAAUGUUUAUUUUAUAUGUUAUGACAAUUGUUGCCAGUUCCUUAAAUUUCUUUUCUAGUAUGAAGACAGAAAUUGUCACUUGUAUAUAUGUUAUAUUGUGAAUUUGUUUAUAAUUUCAUUAAGUGCAGAAAUUCCCUACAUUCUACUUAAAAAUUACAAAUUCAUAGAUGAAAGCUGAUAUUCAGAAUGAUGUUAGUUUGGAUGUACAGUUUGCUGUAUUAUAUACAUGUUAAUGCCAUUCUUUACUACUAGCAUAAAAUGGAAAAGCUAAAAAAAUGUUUAUUAAAUAAUAAACUUGUGGAUGUUUUAUAUCCAUGAGCUUGAUUUUCAAAAAGCUGUCACCAUGUUUAAAAAUGUAAAUGACAAAGAUGAUAAGUAGAAAGUAGUUAAUGUUUUGAUAAAAAUGCACUUCAGAAGAUGCAUUACUUUGUAAUUAGGAGCCAUUACAUUGCAUUUUCUGAAUAUUAAGCAAAGUUUCACUUUUCAUAUGCUGUGGAAAUUGUCAGAUAAUCAUUUAAGAAAGCUAGAACUGCCCAAUUUUUGUUAAUGUUUGAAGAGGAAAGUAUUAGUUUUAAAAUUUCUCUCAUCUGAAUUGAGCUUUUUUUUUUUAGUCCGAAGGGAUUUGAGUCCCGAAGGACUAUUUCUUUUGUUUUGGC